AUGAGGCAGAAAAGUUCCGGAACCGAGAGGUCUGACGGUGUUUUGUGGUUCGCCUUGAUGCCUGCGUGGUCUCGCAAUGCAGGGUACGACUUCAUUCUCCCUAUCGGCUACGACCGGCCGUGGGAGCGACGAGGACUGCAAGCCGAGGGCCUCGAGGCAGAUCCCUACACUCUUCAGACGUACGACACCAGGCUUGGCAACGUGUUGCUGCUGGCCACGCAUGAUGCCUUCUUCGGUGAUCGGUAUAGCCUGCUAACGCCCAACUACGGUGGUGGUGCAUAUCGGAACUUGAGGAACAUCGUGGUUCCGCUUCCCUUCUCGCUGAACUGCACCUUUUGGCGCUCGGCUGUGGGACAAAGGCAAUCCUUCACGCGGCGGUUCCGAGUAAGCUUUGCGGGCUCUCAAAACGGUGACACGCGUGCGUUGAUACACCGCGCUGCUUCAGCAGUGGCAACAAGCAUGACACCGGAGCAACGGCCGUCACUGGCAGUCCGCUUCGUUGUCUCUGAUGAGGAGAGGGCGGAGUUGUCUCGUGCCCCAUCAACUGUGCUUGGCCGAUGGUUCGGAGAUUCGGUGCGCUCCUUCGACGACCUUCUGCUGAACAGCGACUUCUGCUUGGUGUUGCCCGGAGAUGUGUCCGACCUUGCCAUGCGGUUCCUACAUGCGCUGUCGGCUGGUUGCACACCAGUGGUCGUUGGAGGUCCGGCCAGCGCGGUCCCGCUGCCUUUUGCGCAGUUCGUGGACUACACGCAGUUCGCCAGAUUCGCUCGAGUGCGAGAUGUGAAGGAGGCCGAGCACCUUCUGCAGUCCUUGUUGCAGGAGAGACCGAAGAAGAUCAUGUCUGCAGAUGAAUUGGAGAAGAUGCUCACGGCCAUCGCAGGACUCUACACGAGGCAUGAAAACUGCGGCUUCGAGUCUGGUGAGCCUUUUCGCGCACUUUUGGCCAAGUCCUUGGAGGCGCGAGCUGACAUCUGGCAACAUCUUCGCUGGUACAACUAA